AUGAGCAAUCCAUGGGCUAAAAGAGAUGCUUGGAGGUACCAAGGGCAAUUCAGCCGUUUUAACAGAUUCAAGAAUGCAUUUCCAGGGUUCGGUAUUGCAUUAGGAGCUUUCACCCUCUACGUUGCUUACGAACAAAUGUUUUUGAAAGAUAAGCAUCAUGAAGAACACCACUAG